AGGUAUGAUGUAUCAAAUUAUCUGGUACAGAGGACUCAUGGAUCAUAAACAGCCCCCUGACACCUCCACCUCUUUUAUUAAAAAAAGAAACAGCUCAGAUACACUUACAGAGCACUCCAGGGUGCACAUUUUGUAACAACCACUGUGGAAACAAAAGGCAUAAUUCUUGUCCUCUAACGAGUCAUCUAGUGAAAUCAUUCUAAUUUCUACAGAUCCUAAAAUCACCUAUUUACCGAAAAGCCUGACAAACUGUUAAGUGUGCAGUCGCCAGAAAAAAAAAUUACUGCAUCUAAAGGAGAAUACACUUUUGUAUUUAAGACACUUUUUAAGAAAUAAGGAUACAAAUUACACACUGGCAAAUUCAACUAUAAUCAGACACCACAGUGGCGCAUCAAAGAAGGCACAAUGCUUUGUCUAGACUUGAAAGUGUUAACAUGAGGUUUAUGUGCUAUAUAAAGGCUUUCUGGAGUUUUAAAAGAAAAUCCGUUGGCUAUUCUUGAUUUGUUAACAAGACAUCGAAAACUGUUUUUCAAAAAUUAUCGUAAAGAGGAUAGGAUGUAAGACGCAGUGGACGGAGGCACCGCAGGGCCGUCUGUACAUACAAUCAAUCAAGGGGGUGCCUACAGGGAAAAGAGUGGUGUUCAAAUUCUGAAGCAAAUGUCCUGGGGCUUACACGUUUAUUACUGUGAAUUAGUUCAGCCGAUAGCAUGUGACAAAAGAGAUGGAUGUGUGGAGAGGCAGACAACACAUGGGGACCUUUCCCUGUCGAGGAGUCGUGACAGCAAAAUCACUUCCUGAGGAAGGAGGAGCAAAAGGGAAGUUAAGAGGCCACCCUGACCAGGAAGUGACUCGCCCUAAACUAGCCUCAAUCAUAUCAAAAAAUGGGGGAUGGGGUGAGCCCCAACAGCUAAAGGCGGGUAAAAUAACUGCUUCCUGAUACGUCGCGACAUCACCAUGGCCCCCUCUUAAUUACAGAAGAGAGUCCAGUUAGGAUUAAAAAGGGAAAGUCUCCUCUCUUGUAGAAAGGCCACUGGAUUGUGCCUCAGGCCCCAGAGGAAAAGAGAGUUGAGGAACGGGGAACUGGAGCCACCGUGAGGCAAAGUAAAGCCCCUCAAGAGGGAAGCGUCCCGACUGCGGAGAGCGUAUACCAACACGGGCUAGGAAGCUGCUUUCUCCUGGGGAUGCUGCCAGGGUUCCCACCGCAGCCGGGCCGGGCCCCUGUUCCCUGUCGCGUGACCAGUGACAGUAUUUUUAAAUUCAUUGACACCCAAAUUCUAUGUGGCACUUACAGGGACAUCUUCUUUGAUAUCAGGACUAAUAUUUAUAUUUGAAUGGUGGUACUUCCAUAAACAUGGCACAUCUUUUAUUGAGCAAGUAUCUAUAAGCCAUUUGCGACCGCUAAUGGGAGGAACAGAAACCAGCAUUUCAGAGCCAGGUUCUCCUUCCAGCAACAGAGAAAGUGAAACCAGCAGACAUAACUUGUCAGAAUGCAAGGUAUGGAGAAACCCUCUAAAUCUUUUCAGAGGAGCAGAAUAUAGGAGAUACACUUGGGUGACUGGUAAAGAGCCUCUUACAUACUAUGACAUGAAUUUGUCAGCUCAGGACCAUCAGACUUUUUUCACCUGUGACACGGACUUUUUACGUCCUUCAGACACAGUUAUGCAGAAGGCAUGGAGGGAAAGAAAUCCUCCAGCUCGAAUCAAAGCAGCCUAUCAAGCUUUAGAAUUAAACAAUGACUGUGCCACUGCGUAUGUUCUACUGGCUGAGGAAGAAGCAACAACUAUUGUAGAUGCUGAAAGGUUAUUUAAACAGGCACUCAAGGCAGGAGAAACAAUUUAUAGGCGGUCACAGCAAUGCCAGCACCAAAGUCCUCAGCAUGAAGCUCAACUGAGAAGAGAUACCAAUGUACUGGUAUAUAUUAAAAGAAGAUUGGCAAUGUGUGCAAGAAAAUUAGGAAGAAUAAGAGAGGCAGUUAAGAUAAUGAGAGAUUUGAUGAAAGAAUUUCCUCCUCUUACCAUGUUGAACAUCCAUGAAAAUCUCCUAGAAUCACUUUUAGAAUUACAGGCCUAUGCAGAUGUUCAGGCAGUCCUAGCAAAAUAUGAUGAUAUAAGCCUUCCAAAGUCAGCGGCAAUCUGUUAUACAGCAGCACUGUUGAAGACAAGGACUGUUUCAGAUAAAUUCUCUCCAGAAACAGCAUCCAGAAGAGGCUUAAGCACAGCAGAAAUUAAUGCUGUGGAAGCAAUUCACAGAGCUGUGGAAUUUAAUCCUCAUGUACCAAAAUAUUUACUAGAGAUGAAAAGUCUGAUUUUGCCUCCAGAACACAUUCUGAAACGGGGUGAUAGUGAAGCAAUUGCCUAUGCUUUCUUUCAUCUUCAGCAUUGGAAGCGAAUAGAAGGUGCCCUUAAUCUAUUACAAUGUACAUGGGAAGGCACUUUUAGAAUGAUUCCAUACCCACUAGAGAAAGGCCACCUAUUUUACCCUUAUCCCAGCUGCACAGAGACUGCUGAUAGAGAGCUGUUACCUACCUUUCAUCAUGUUUCUGUUUACCCAAAGAAGGAGCUUCCUUUUUUCAUUCAUUUCACAGCAGGACUGUGUUCUUCCACAGCAAUGAUAGCUCUUCUCACACACCAGUUUCCUGAAAUCAUGGGUGUUUUUGCUAAAGCUUUUUGCUCUGAGCCACCUGACUCUCCAGGAAUGACAGUGAUGGAUGAAAACAAACAGUACCGAAGACAACUGAGGUUUUUUGGCUCCACCUCACCAAGUCCUGACUGCUGAGUCUGCAGAGAAGAGCCUGGGAGUCCACAACAGUCACCAGGAGAGGAGCAGUUCUGUUGCAUUGCACGUUGUUCCUAGUUUAACCUGUCUAAACCUGAAAUAUGAGCCAAGCUGGUAACUUCCACUCUUUUGGGAGAAUACCAUAUGACCUGCCAGCAUCCCCAAGAAUUCCACCACAAAUAUCUGGAACAGACCGAGAAACAACGAUUUGCUGCUUUCUGCCAAUGGUUAGCCUUUGGUAGGGAUCUCCUCUUUCCUUGCUUCCCCAACUCCACUUUAGAAUCUUCAAUGGCAGCAGCUGGAUAAAGCCUUUCAGUCAUUCAUGGUCUGUUCCCAACCUUUCUACCUUUAAUCUCCCUUACUCAAAACCUUCGCUCAGUCAGAUUAAUCUGUUCUCUGUUCCUGGAACAGAUCAUGUGCUUUCCCAUCAACACUCUGUUUGUGUGUAGAGAAUAUCUGCCUGUUCUUCUCUCUAGUUAUCCAGAUAAUCCCCACACUUCAAGAAACAGCUUAAAUUCCACAUUUUCAAAUAAACUGUCCUUGAUUUCUCCAGUCAUCUCUCUUUUACA